CUUAUUUUUAAAAUGGCAGAAGAAUAAGUAGCGACUGUGAAAUUUGCUAAUCAACCUAAAUUAUUUGGCAAAUGGGAUUACGAUGAAGUUCAAGUGACAGAUUAAUGUUUCAAAGACUACAUUGCAGUCUAAACCUCAAAAUCCAGAGUUUUUGUUCCCCACACUGCUGGAAGAUAUCAACGAAAGAAGUUUAGAAAAGCAUAAUGCCCUAUUGUAGAAAGAUUGGCUGGUGCACUUAUGUUCCACGGACGUAAUACAGGUAAAAAAGUAAAGGCUGUGGCUAUCAUCAGACAUGCAUUUGAGAUUGUUCACUUGUUGACUGGUAAAAAUCCACUUUCCGUCUUGUCAUUGGCCGUGCAAAGAGGUGGAGCCAGAGAAGACUUCACAAAGGUGGGCACAGGGGGUGUAGCUAAAUAAUAAGCUGUUGAUGUUGCUCCAAUUAGAAGAGUCAAUGAAGCAGUCCAUAAUCUAGCAAAGGGUGUAAGAGAUUCAGUUUUCAAGAAAAUGAAGACCAUUGCAGAAGCCCUUGCUGAUGAGCUAAUUGCAGCAGCCAAUGAAGAUGGAUAAAAGUCAUACACCAUUAAGAAGAGAGAUGAACUUGAAAAGGUAGCAAAAACAAAUCGUUGAUGCUUAGUACAAUAAUAAAUAUAUUAUAUAAAACAAUAUAAAAAGUCUAAUGUCUAUCAAUUAAUA